CUACAAGCCGCCACCAGGCCGCCAGAGGCCCGGUUGGGACUCCUGGCUCCUGUGGGCGUGAUCGGAGCUCCUCCUUUUCUCUUUCGAGGGGCCGGGCCUGGCGGGUGUGUGUUUCGGCGGUAACCAGGAAGACGGACCAGGAAACUCCUGGGAUCGCCAGGCGAGAGCGGCGACUCUGGACGGCUGACCAUGGAGGGCGCUGGCCGCGAGUGUCAAAGUCACAGCCAUGGGUCCUUUCGUCAUCAUGGCCACACUUGGCUUAGUUCGUAUGAAGAUAAAGAUCUAUCAAAAGAGCAUGAGAUGCUGCCUUUUGUGGAGGAUUACAGUAAUUUUGACAUUGUCAAAGCAGCCCAAUAUGGUCUGUUAGAGCGAUGUCGAGAAUUGGUAGAAGCAGGAUAUGAUGUAAGGCAGCCAGACAAAGAAAAUGUGACCCUUCUUCAUUGGGCAGCAAUCAAUAAUAAGUUGGAUCUUGUAAAGUAUUUUAUCUCCAAAGGUGCAGUAGUAGAUCAACUAGGAGGAGAUUUAAAUUCAACUCCACUUCAUUGGGCAAUUAGGCAAGGGCAUUUAUCUGUGGUCAUAUUGUUGUUAAAAUGUGGAGCAGAUCCAACUCUUAUUGAUGGAGAAGGAUACAGCAGCCUGCAUUUAGCUGUUCUUUUUCAACACAUGCCUAUCAUAGCUUACCUCAUAUCAAAGGGUCAGAGUGUAGAUAUUACUGACCACAAUGGAUAUACCCCUCUUAUGCUGUCAGCCCACAAAGUAAUUGGGCGGGAACCUACUCAGUUUCUAGUAAAGUUUAAUCCAUCUGUCAAUGCUGUGGACAAUAUAGAAAAGAACACUGCUUUGCAUUGGGCUAUUAUAGCAGGAAAUGUUAAUGCUGUAGAUGUACUGCUAGAAGCUGGAUCCAGUCUGGAUAUCAAAAAUGUCAAGGGACAAAGACCACUUGACCUUGCUCUUCAAACUAAAAACCGCAUAAUUAUUCACAUACUUCGUGAAGAAGAAAAAAUUCAAAUUAGAAGAACAUCAGUGUUUUUGAGGUUUCUGGAAAAAAAUGAGUUCUUGCUAAUGUUUGGCUCAUCAUUGCUAUUGAUAUGGACAGUAGGAUAUGUAGCAACCUUAAAUUCUGACUCAUGGCUGUUGAAAGGAACCUUGCUGAUGUUCAUGUUGAUUACUCUGUCUUUCUUUGGAAGGUUGUUCAUAGGAUUCAACACAAUAAAAUAUUUCCCAGUAACGUUUUUGAUUAGUUCCAUCUUUUGGAUAUCAUGGACCUGUUUCAUCUAUUUCCUGCCACAUUUUCCAGAUAUAACUUCACAGCUUCCUUUCUUUUUUGGCAUGGUGGGCCUUAUCUAUUAUUUUUACAAAACUGUCAGAACUGAUCCUGGAUUUAUUACAAGUACAGAAGAAGAGAUUAAAAAGAAUAUUAUUAACCUUGGAGAAUCUGGCUCUUUGGACUUCAGAACAUUCUGCACAUCAUGUCUUAUUAAGAAACCUCUGAGAUCUAUGCAUUGCCAUGCUUGCAAUUCAUGUGUGGCUAGAUAUGAUCAACAUUGUAUUUGGAUUGGACGAUGCAUAGGUGUGGGUAACCACGGCUAUUUCAUCCUGUUUCUCUUUUUCUUGAUCUUGCUGAAUAUUUGGGCCAUAUAUGGAACUAUGAUAUAUUGGUCAGAACGUUGUACAACAACAUAUCAGAAAGAUGGAGCUUGGAUGUCUUUCACACAGAUCGUAUCUUGUUCUCCUUGGGUGCUAUAUGUGUUCAUGCUUGUAAUUUUUCACACUUUAUGGGCUGCAUUAUGGUUCAUCCUUCAGAUUUACCAGAUUGCAUUUCUUGGAUUGACUUCACAUGAAAGGAUUACACUCCGGAAGCAGAGUAAAUAUUCCAAACAUCCUAUUUCACUUAGGAAGACUCCAUAUAAUCUUGGAUUCUUCCAGAACAUUGCAGACUUCUUUCAGUGUAGAUGCUUUGGAAUUCUCAAGCCCAACAUAAUUGAUUGGACUAAGCAGUACACUUUAAUGUUUAAUUUGGUAAAAGAUCGACACAUCCAUCCAGUGUGAAGGUGAAAAUCUGCAGUUGACUGCCUGGAAUUUACUAAAUGUUUUCAAAAAAGAUAUUUAGAAUAUUGUAAAGUAUAUUACAAAUUAUUUGGUUAUUUGCUAAGGGUCUGAUUGCUAUUUCAAAAAAAAAAUAUUUAAAUUUACAUGGUUAAACUGAAGCAAACUGGAAAUGCAAUGGUAACCAUGGCUCAUGUAUAAUACUUUCAAAUACUUGGAUUUGGAACAAAUACAGUUGUGAAAUGUUAAGCUUCCUCAGCUUGCAGAAAAGAUUAUUUUUAAAUAAAGCAGGAAAAUCUUA